UCCACCAUAUGUUAUUAAUUUUUAUUGUGGUGGUGUCAUGUAGUUUAGUUAUAUUUUAGUUUAUUUAUUACUAUAACUAAACUAACAGCCUUUAGUUUCCUUAGAUUAAGUAAGAAAAAACUUUAAACUUCAUUUAUUAUUCGAAAAUGGCCGACUGGGAAGAAGUAAAACGUCUUGCAGCGGACUUUCAAAAAGUCCAGCUAAGUUCCACUACACAAAAACUCUCUGAAAGAAAUUGUAUUGAAAUAGUGUCUUGGCUCUUGGAGAAGAAAAUUAUCGACUUAAUCUUCACUAGCGAUGGAAAAGAGUAUCUUACCCCUCAACAGCUCGUUACUGACAUACAAAAUGAACUUUAUGUUGCUGGGGGACGAAUUAAUAUUGGAGAGCUCGCCAAAGCUAUUGGAGUUGAUUAUGGGCAUAUUACAGGACAUCUAAAUGAAGUUUUAAGGACUAGAAAGGAUAUUCAGCAUAUUUUGGGUCAACUUAUAGACUCAACCUAUAUUACCAAGAUAGCUGGAGAAAUUAAUGAAAAAUUGCAGCAACAAGGUUCGCUCAAUGUUGGUGAACUUACGAUCACCUAUGACCUGCCAGCUGAGUUUUUGCAACAGCAAGUCUUGGAAAAACAUUUAGGGACCCUAAUAUUCGGCAAACAGGACUCCAAUGAUCCCAAAGUAUUCUUCACUGAAUCUUUUAUUGCCAGAAGUAAAGCGAAACUCAAGGGAGCCUUGGCAGGUAUCACUAAGCCAACUCCUGUGGUGAGCAUCUUAAGCCAAACAGGCAUGAGUGAAAAGUUGUUCUUUUCCUUAUUUGAUCAAACAUCGAUGUUUGGAGCUUUGACUAGUAGAAUUGCCGGGGCCCAGUAUAUACCCAAUUGUUACACUAGAAGCCAGAAUGAGUGGACUACGAAUUUCUAUAAACAGAACGGUUAUCUUGAGUUUGACGCUUUGACUCGUUUGGGCAUCCAGGAUUAUAAAAACUACUUGAAAAAACAGUUUUCUAAUGAGGACUUUUUAUUUCUGGAAACGUCUGUUGCAUCUAAACGAAUUUUGGAGCGUCUCGAAGCUCACAUAGAUGAAUGCAUUUCCAGUAAAAGUUAUGUAGAUUUGCAAAAUGUUUUACCAUCAGUCUUUACUUCCAAAGAUGUCAGCCUCAUUGUAGAUAAGCUGCUGACACCUCAAAAACAAGUGCAGACCUUAAUUUUAGAAGACUAUAUUCUUAGCAAGGCAUUUAUGGAUAAUAUGGCCUCAUCCUGCCAAGAUUUAGUAGCCUCUAAUGCCAAAAAACUAGUUGAAGUAGGCAAAUAUCAACAGUACCUAGUGGACUUGCAAGGAACAAAUAAAGGAGAGUCUAGGAGCCAUAAGAGUGAUGACUUUGAAGACAAAAUAGACAAGAGGGAAGAGAGGCGAAAGAAGGCCGCGGGUGGGAAUAAAGGAGGUGGUACUCAAGGCAGGGAAACAAAAACGAAAAGUACUAAGAAGCACUUUAGAGGCGGACAAAAGAAUGCUUCAGAAGAUUUUGACGAAUCUGCACAUACUGACCAGAAGAAGGUGCUUCAGGUGGUAACUUGUGUGGAGAUCAAGGAAGUUAUUGAGAAGGAAUUGGAAAAUGAGGGGUUGGAUACUUUGGUAGAUCCGAUAGCAGAAUAUUUGGGAUCAAAAUUAAAUGAACAAGGUCUACAAAUUGCUGCAGAUAUCUUUAAAACAACUGUAGCGGACCAAAACGCCAAUCGUCGAAAGACUCAUAACGAGCUGCAGGAAAAAUUAAACGACCUUAUCAGCGAGAUUCGAUUGUUUUCUAAAGGCAUAAAGUUACUUCCCACAGACUUACAAAACCAACUCAAUAAAUAUUUGCUAAAAACAAUCGCCACUGACAUAGUAACGGAAGUGUUAAACUAUGCCGCUCAAGAGUCCAUGACAAACACACAAACUGACAAAUUUAAUCAGGACCAACGGUUAAAGUUCGUCAACGAACUUCCUGACACUUUUAAGCCUCACGUACUACCGCUCGUUAAAAGUUUGACUGCUCAGGCAUUGGAAGAUUUUAUGGCAAGCGUGGAUCCGGCUUUGGCAGCUUGCAGCAUGAUCAUUAAGAAAAUCGAUAAAAAAAAGGACAGGACGAUAGUCUUGAACCAUAAGCACAAAUUAUUGGAGGAGCUGAACGUUUGCGAAGAUGUCGCUCUUGUAUUACACUUGGCAACAUUAAUCAUUUUUAUUUCGGCUACUCAGUGUAUGUUACAUGCUUCAGGACGUCACGUUUCUGCCAUACUGAACUAUCUAAAACCGUCUCUGACUGCUGAGCAGUACUCAGAACUUAUGGCCUAUCAUGACUUUAUCACUCUUAUGUUAAGUAACGGAAGUGAGGCUGAGAAUGCCAAGGAGAAAUUAAAAGAAAAAAAGGAUCUUAUAAAGCAAAUUGCCAGUGAAUUUAAACUGUCUUCUGGAGGAGAUAAAACUAAUUUAUAAAAUUCUCUGUAUAUAGGUGCUUCUUAGUUUGUAUAGCUAAUUAUACAUAUUUUGUGGAUGGUGUUUUCAAAACUGUACAUAUUAUAAAUAGUUAUUAAAUAUAUAUUUAUAAGAGCAAA